CGACUAAAUAAAUAAAAAAUAAAACGAAAGUUUAAAAUUUAGCGCUACAAUCAAAACACGAGUUUUGUAAAUAAAUUUGCCCAUGGCUUUUGCCGAGGUUGGUUCCAGUCGCAUAUAGCAAUAAAUCUGAGUUGGUUUCAAUGAGUGUUACUGAACAGUGGUGGUUGACCGAGUAUGCUACAGAAAUACACGACCAUCUUCGAAAGAAGGAACUGCAACGAGCUGUUUACCAUGCACGGUGCCCACAUUUGCCUAUUCGAAGACGCACGAUAAAUUGGCUAACUGAUGUUUGCAGGAAGAUAAAUGUUUGUCGGACUGUUAAGCAUAUGGCAGUUCAUUUUCUUGAUUUUUCCUUGGAUGGCUCUAAUAUUAAUCAUAACUUGUUGCAUUUACUGGCAUUAGUUUGCAUUUUUGUAGCAGCUAAAUUAGAAGAAAAAGAUGACUUGAUCCCAAAGGCCAGUGAACUUAAUAAAUAUUUAGAUAUUCCAUAUAAACUUAGUGAUUUUAUGAGAAUGGAGUUAUUGCUACUGGAAUUCUUUCAUUGGGAUUUACUCAUGCCAACAGCAGCACAUUUUGUAGAUUAUUAUAGUGUAUUUUCUCUGUCUACAACAGAUUUGGUUUCUGGACAAAAAAUAAAAUCAUUUAAUGCAGCAAAGCAAUUACUUGAACGAUAUAUUAAUUAUUUUUUGGAUAUUUCUUUACAAGAUCAUUCAUUUUUACAAUUUCCACCUUCACUUGUUGCCACUUCCUGCAUUGCUGCAGCUAGAGUAUGCCUUAUAUUAUCACCAAUGUGGCCAGUAUCUCUUCAGAAGUUAACUCAAUACAGAAUUGAACAGUUAGCUCCAUGUUUAAGUAUCAUGCUCAAUGUGUUGCAGGAGGAAGAAAAUAAAUGCAGAAAUAACUGAAAAUGCAGAAGAAAUUGAAGUUUCAUACUCAGGGAAAUUACUGUUAUGAUAUUUUCUUAAUCUCAAAAACAGAUAGUAAAGUUAAAAUAAUUCCAGACUAAAUUUAAGUAUUUUUAUCAUGUAGAAAUACUUUAAAAAUAAUUAAAAAAGCAUUCCUAUUUUUUAUAAACUAACUAACUAUGAUAUUGAUGAUCUAUAGAUCUAUCGAUUUAUCAAUAUGCCAAAUGUAAUUGUUUGUUUUUAGCAAAAAUAUGCUUAAUGUUUAUAAAUUUUAUUUAUUGUUUAUAGCUAAAUAAAGCAAUUUAAGUCCUUUUGCAUAAACUAUUAUGGAUAUUAAAGAAUUUGACAUUUCUGUUAAUUUGGACUAUUACAUUAAUUGUAAUUAAAUUUUGACAUAUUCUGCUAUCUUUUGAUGGUUUUUGUGAGAUUUUAGGUAAAGAAUUAUUUUAAAUUUGCAUUUCCUGUUCUGUUUUUAAUGCCUUUUCAUUGUGAAUGAAUUAUUUAAAUAAAAAAAUAGUUGAAAUUACAGAAAAAUUACAGUUAUAGAAAAGUUUUUAUAAGCCUUUAUAUUCUAUUUUUAUGCAAUAAUAAAAAAAAGUAGUAGUACAAAAAAUUUCCCAACUAUAGAAUGAGUUGAAGUUGUCAGAUUCCAAUUUUAGAUUUAGAAUUUAGACAAUGUUGUUAUAUUUUAGUUCUAUAUCAGAUAAAUAGAUGUCCCAGCAUAUGAGGCCAUAAUCCAUAUUAGCAUUGCAUGCCCUUUUGGAAACAUAGGAGCCAAUUAAUCUUGUUCUUGUACUUCUGGAGGUAGCAAGUAUAUUGGAGUGUAUUCUAUCCCUCUCUGAUAUGACUUAAUGGGACAUUUGACAGGUUGACAGCCCCCCACACUCUAAUCACUACCCAUCAAACUUUUCUAUAAAUAAGGCCUCAAUUCCACCACCUUAGCCACUUCUGCUUGUGACUGACAUUGUGGUCCAUUUUGAUCAAGUAAGAAUUCUUCAUAGGACAUAUAACACGGCGUAACUCAGAUACUUAGUAGCCGUUUAUAUCUCUAGAAAUUCUAAGUGGCACAUGGAUAUCAAUUUUGAUGCAGAUUCAUUCUAAUCAAUAAGGAAGAUUACCUGGAUCAACUCCAGUAUACUCCACAAUUAUGUUACCUGUGAGAUUAACAUGAUGCCCACUCCACCAAUCAUCGAGUGGUCUUAUUUUAGAAGCUUGUGACAGAAUAUCUGAAUUCAAUGUUGAAUUCUAAAGCCUGAAGAUGUCUGUUUAAGAUGGAAGAAAAUGUUUGCUGAGAUAAAGUUGGUUCUUUUCACUUGCUUGGUUUUUUUGUGUGUAGUUUGCUUAAAUUAAAAGCAUGUCACUUGUAGACUUAACCAGUAUCUACUAGUUAAAAUUGAUAUUUUAUUAAAGAUAAUCAAUGUUGAAUUAACUUAGGAGUCUGAUUUAAGAAUACUUUAUCAUAUAUAUACAGUAUGAUCAUAGCAUAAAUGCUUUGUUUGACAGAUUUCUGAAAUGGAAAUAAAUUCUGAACAUAUUCACUAAACCAUUUAUUCAAUAUUAAUCAGAUAAUUUGUUUAGAUAAAUAUGUUUUGUGAAAUAUAAAGUGAUAUUAGACACUAGAAUCAUCAACUGCUCUCUGCUAUUGUUAGUCUAAUGAUUGAUUCUUGUAAAUAUGUUCUAGAACUUUUCAUGAAGGUUAGUUUUAAUGUAUAACUAAACUAAAUGAACAAAGUUAGAGAAAAUAUAGAACAUUGUUUAUCCGUAAAAAAAGUGUUUUUCUGCAUCCAUAAUUAUUUUGCUUCGAGUGACGAUUGGGCCUUCCAGUUUUCCCCAGACUCAGAAAAAAAUUCUCAAAAUGAAAUAAUUUUGGAAGCCAUGUCAUUAGAUCAUACAGUAAGCAAUGUCUCUAGAAAAGAAUUAUACAACAGUUUGUCUGGUGAUAAAAUUGACAUUCAGAAACUGCUCACGACGUCAUCAGAUGGUCCUCCAGUCAAUAUGAAAUAUCUAGCAGAGUUUGGCAAAAGCUUGAUCACAAGGGACCAUUCAUGUCUCCAACUAGCAAAUCUCCAUUUGGUGCAUAAUUUUUUUUUUUGAUGCACUAGCAUAUUAAAGAACUGCUCUGUGCAAUCUUUUGUUGGUUUCACAGAUAUACAUUGUGUUUUGUAGAUGGAUAUGAAGUAUUUGAACUGUUGGGUAUAAAGGUGCAGUAAUGCUGAUUGUAUGUAAGCAAUAGAUGGCUUACAAUAGUUCUAGUGAUCACAUGCACACAAUUGGGAUAGUGGUAAACUUUAUAAAAUACAUAUUGAACAAACAAAGAAAAGUACAGUAGAGCAUUG